AGUUGCGUACGGAUCGCUAUGAUGGGCGGUAGUUUGUAUGGGAAAAUGUUGAUAAGAUAGUAUAGUGACUGUGUAUGUAACAGUGUAUUUGUUUUUUGUGAUAGUGUUAUUUGACGUGUGAUUUGUGAGAUACUGGUGAAUUUGUAGUUUAACAAAAAGUUUAAAUCGUGUGUAAUAAAUUUUUGAAUAGUGACUGAGUUUCUUGCGCUUCUUCUCAGCACAGGCCCGUUUAUUGUCCCGAAGCAGUGUAAAAGUCUAGACAGAAAUAGUCUGUGAUAACAAGUGAUAACGAUAUAAUGUGUGCACAUAGAUCUACUUAAAAUCUUUGAGGACAAACAUUAUACAAAUAGUGUCAUAGCAAGAAUGGUAACGGUUUGAAAAACAAUUUGCAAUUCAUGAAAGAAAAUGUUAGAGAAAAACAAAUGACUGCAGGAAACAAAAGAGAAUCGAUUACAAUAAAUUGAAACUACUUUGACAGAGGUGGCGUCAAUAGUUGGCCGAAAUUGGAGCCAACAUUUGCUAACGUGAAAACGUAUAAAAACAAAUGCCUACACAAAACAAAUGAAGAUCGAUUAGAAUAAAUUGGAACCUAAUUAUCGACAAAUUAGUCAAAAUUGGUGGCCAAUAGUUGGCCGAAAUUGGAGCCAAUAUUUGCUAACGUGAAAACAUAUACAAAUGAUUGAAAAGAACUACAAAUCCGCGAUGGAUUUGCAAGAAGAAAUAAUUGAAAGGAAGGCGAAACAUAAGUCUGAGAGGAGACGGUCUAGCAUUUUCUCUUUAUUAAAUAUACAGAAAAAAUUGAAACGACAGGCUUCGGAGCCAGGAUACUUUGCUUCGAAGAAGUUGAAUAGGAAAUAUUCUGUAGACUCCGCCAUUUUGUCGGACUUUGGUAAAACCAAUGGGGUUAAAGACUUCAUGCUUGAGACCUGUAGCGAUGGUGUUUCAGUGUGCAAUGGAGAGCUAGCGGGCGUGGCCUCAGACUCUGACAGCGAGGCGUCCAGAGGGAUGAACGCUCCCCGGGAGGACACCGCCUCCAGGAAGCAUGACGUCAUCGCCCGGAUAGAGAGCUGCUACGUGGAAGACCCAAACCGGGAUACGGGAGCGGCUGGGGAGUUGGUUGAAGAAGUGGCAGAAGAAAACAAGUCCCUCCUCUGGUUCCUGCUGAAGCAAGUCCGGCCUGGCAUGGACCUCAGCAAAGUGGUCCUACCCACGUUCAUACUGGAACCCCGCUCGUUCCUGGACAAACUGUCCGACAAUUACUACCAUGCGGAUAUAUUGGCGCAAGCGCAAAACCAAGAAGACCCGUACACAAGGUUCAAGUCAGUUCUCCGGUGGUACCUGUCAGGCUUGUACCGCAAGCCCAAGGGGCUCAAGAAGCCUUACAACCCCGUGCUGGGGGAGACUUUCCGCUGCUGCUGGCGCCACCGCGACGCGGACAGCCGGACAUACUACGUGGCGGAGCAGGUGUCCCACCACCCGCCGGUAUCUGCUUUCUACGUGUCCAACCGCAAGGAGGGAUACGUCAUAGAGGGCAGUCUGCUGGCUAGAUCCAAGUUUUACGGUAACUCAACGUCAGCCAUCUUGGAAGGCUGCGCACGAGUGCACCUGUUAUCUUGGGGGGAGACUUACGUCACCACCGCGCCCUACGCGCACUGCAAGGGCAUCGUCAUCGGCACACUCAGCAUGGAGCUGGGAGGCAAGGUACACGUGGUGUGUGCAGAUACAGGUUACCACGCGGACGUUGAAUUCAAAUUGCGGUCGUUCCUAGGCGGCUCAGAUCAGACCAACGCCAUAUCUGGCCGCAUAAAGAAGGGGAAAGACACCAUAGCCACUAUAGAAGGCUAUUGGGACGGCAAGAUCGACAUCAAAGACAAGAGGACUGGGGAAGAAAGCAACCUACUAGACGUGGCCUUGCUAAAGGAGCAGCGAAUGACGCGGUACCUCAUGAAGCUCGACAGCCAGCAAGAAUAUGAGUCGCAGCGGCUCUGGGUCAAAGUGUCAGAGGCUAUUGCCAAUGACGACCAGAUCGCAGCGACAGAACAGAAGACGAUCAUAGAGGAAGCGCAAAGAGCGCGCGCCAGGAAUUUGGUGACGCCAUGGGUGCCAAGAUUCUUCCAUAAGGAGUUGCAUGUACAGCCACCCGACGGUAUCAUUGACCAGGGGUGGAGAUACAAUCACGUGAACACUAGCCCAUGGCAAUCAGACGAGGUGAUAGAGUACGAGGACGAGUUCGUGAUCGGCUCCCUGCGGGGCCCCGGGCACGGCAGGGCCCCCGUGUCGGCGGGGCCCCGAGAAAUAUCCCGCCGGGCUUCCGAUUCCGAUAGCCGGGACGAACUAGCCAAGCGGUCCAGCAAAAGUACCACGCGUACCCUCAAACAAACUCUAUACUCCAUCGACACAGCCCUACGAGAUCACACGCACGCGAUAGAGCGCUUGCAAAAAACCGUAGAGUCCCUCAACGAAGGACACAGAGCCACCGCCUUCCGCCCACAAAACGUGGGCAGGAUACCCACUACGACCCACUCGUGGGACCUAUUCGGGGGGUUUGUACUAGCUAUAGUACUUCAAGCGCUGUUAAACUGGCUGUUCUAUCACAAAGACUGAGUUCCCGUGAGCUGGUUCUAUUUUUACUGUUAAAUUUCACUGUCUUUGGAUUUGGAACGGUUUUGUCUUUGGAUGUUUUGUUCUCUGUGGUCACUCGAGUCGAAUUCGCGCCGUGUCGUUUACAGGCACAGAUGUGUGUCAAGAUGUUUGCAAAGAUGUUUUUGAAAAUAUAUUUGUGACAGGCGAUUAUUUGUAUUGCUAAU